AACCAAAAUUGUUUCAAAGAAAAACUGACCCAGUUUUUUAAAACCAGUAGGAAUCCAACACCCAAUUCGCCCCGCUCUCAUCUCCGUAAACGGUGAAGGGUUUUGCAUCGGAAGGAGGAGUGUCCUCACCUGAGGCUGAGGAAUGGGAGUUAGUAAAACAGAAGUAAACUUGAGGAGAUUGCUUACAGCUGCUCCUCACCAGCUAAACCAAGCAAAACUUGUACAUUAUGUUGCUACUUUGCGUCAACAACUAGAACAAUUGCAUGACCACUUGCCAAGGAUCUCAAAGGCUAUGUUGAACGAUUAUUCAGACAAGAUUGAAGCCAUUGCUUCAAAAUUGGUUCAUGUGCCUGACGACAUAGAAGUAUCUGAAAAAGACAUUGAAAGAAAUGUUAAAGAAAACCUUUCUGAAAUUGAGGAAAAAAUGCCGAUGUCACCUUCUUCAGGAUUGCGAAGAAGGCCUGUAGCUGCCUCAAGUACUGAAGAUAGAGCACACGAGCCUUCUAAGACCGAUCACCUAUUAUCUGUUACGUUGGAUACUUCAGGACAUGCAUAUAUUGAAAAACACAGAAAGCUUCAAAAUGAUUUGACAGAUGAGAUGGUGGUGUUGGCAAAACAACUCAAAGAGAGUAGUCUUAUGAUGAGUCAGUCUGUAAAAAAUACCGGAAAGAUACUUGAUUCUACUGAGCAGGCCAUUGAACAUAGCUUGGCAAGCACAGGUCGUGUCAAUGUGAGAGCAAAUGCAAUAUACUCAGAGAGUUCCAAGACUUCUUGCUUAACAUGGCUUGUGAUGUUUGUGAUGACAUUUGUAUUUGUCAUGGUUAUUCUUCUAGUCCGUGUCACAUAGGGCUUGUAGUUAACAUUUCAUAUAGUAAAUUAAAUUACUUUUAAGCAUACCUUUUUCCAUAAUGUAAAUUUUCCUUCUAUUCAUAUAUUUACAUUUUAUGGACAUUUAACCUGUUCAUACAUUCAAAGUAUAAGAAUUAUAAUAUUUUCUUCA